AUGGGAUAUAUUAUUUUACCUGUUCUUUGGUUAUUUAUUGGAUUUUCUGAAGCCUUCCUGUUUACAAUUAAUAAGAACAACGCUUUGGGAUCAUGUCAACCGAAUUUUCUCUGUCCUCCCAUGUGUUUGAAAAAGACCACUUCCGGUUGUAACUGUGACUGUAGCAGCAUGGAUCCUUCUCAUCCGGGGAAUCUCGGAAUUAAUCCGAACCAACAGAUCAAUUCGGCAGCCCAAAUUAUGACGUCAUCUGCGGUCACACAAUCACCGACAAUCACGACCUCAUUCAGAAGCACCGCAGCACAGACAUCCAUAACAUCAACGGUUACAUCACAUGCGACGACGACAGGAAAGGCAACUACCUCACAUGUAUCUAGUCACACGUCACAAACAUCUUCCACAAGAGCCACAACACCAUCAGUUAAUACGUCACAAAAGGCUAUUACGUCACCUGUGUUUAGCACUAAGUCACAACCAUCUUCUACGAAACUCACAACACCAUCGAUGACUCCGGCUUUAUCUUCGAGUACAAUCUCAAACACUACAAUAUCGUCUUCCUCUGUCUCUUCGCCUUCUUCCACUAAAUCUUUCAAUUCUUGUCAGGGCGCUAUUCAGUGUAUUCUCAGCUGUAAGAAUGGGUUUGUUAUCGAUCCUACACCAGGCCCCGAUGGAUGUCCUAGCUGUUCAUGUAAAACGGUUCCAACGACGCUAAAGACAAAUAUGUCCUCUACGUCAUUUAAGCCUGUCAGUUUCCCAGCUCACAUCACGAUCUCGCCUUCAGUAACCACGCCUACCACCACGACACGUCCACCUAGCAGCACUCUACGUAGAAUCGUAUGUCCGGGGGUGUUCAAUUGCUCCAAGACCUGUUACACUGGAUACCGCCUAGACUCUCAGGGAUGUCCACUGUGUGAAUGUGCACCACAACCCACAGGGCUGCCAUGAAA